AUGAAUGGUGCCUUGGACCAGUCGGUCUUCACCAGGCCGCCCCUCGUCGCCCAGUCGUCGGCGUUCCAGAGGCUGGAGUAG